AUGGAGGACUUUAGCGUAAUCCACAGUGGUAACGACAAGAGUGGCAAAAACGGAAUAGCUAUAAUAGUUCAAGGGAAAUGGAAAAGCAACAUAAUGAAUACAUACCACCUUAAUGAUAGACUACUGAUGGUUAAAAUCCAUGCUCUACAUAAUCCAAGUAUAUUUCUCAAUAUCAAAUUGCCAGGAUGUUGAAAUUGAAAGAAUGUACGAACANAAUAAUUAUGGGAGAUUUUAACACCUCUGUCAGUAUAGGUGAAGUCCCCCUAGGAACCAGCAUCCUAAUUCUGCACCCAACACUCAGGUAUCUAUAAAUGGUAAUUUCCCCGGAUUGAGUUAUUCAUGAGUCCCAUUCAUCAACUGAAUGCCUUGGCAGAGGCCCUUAUAUGAAUAUGCUGCGUGGCAGUGCCUCUUAAAUCCCCAAUAGAUGUUCCUACAGUCCCUGUUUUUCGAACCCGUAUGUUCCCCCUUGACAAACUCCCUCUGAACCAAUAUCCGUUCAACCAAUUGUCACCAUACCAUCUACCACACCAAUCACCACCUGACCUGAUUUUGAAGUUAAAGUUUUUCAACAUCCGCUUCUGUCUGCUGUUUCAGAACAAUUUUUUGAAGUUAUACAAACUCAAGUCCUUGAAUGUCAAACCCUUUCCACACUGCCUGUGUCAGGUGUAACAAUUACUACUGUGGUGGAAGGUAGAAGUGGUAAAAUAACGCAACAAGUUUUAAUUCCUCUUACUGUCCUGAUGAUUUUAGGCAAUGAUUGGUUGUUGCAGCAAAGAGUAAAUAUACAGCUGUCCCUUUGUAUAUUUUAUUUACAUGUGUGGGAUAUUCGAGUCCUGUUCAUAGAUAGUAGCUUAUGUCCCAUAUAGGCAAUCUACCCUGAACUUACUAAUCAGGACAUAUCUAAAGAGUUUGAGGAACCAACCCAGCACAAUUCAAUUGUUGAGUAUCCAUUCCCCAUAGUCACUGAUUCCUCUGUAAUGAUGACCACUCUGCCAACCCAACAUGAAGAGUAUUUACCUAUAGAAAGUUGUAUAAAUAGUCUGAAUUCAAUUUACACCAUUGAUAAGUUACAGUGUGACCCAGUUAUAUCCCUGUUUCUCAAAUACCAGCAUAUUUUCCGCACUCGUUCAGGUUUAAAUUCCCUGUAUACAUGUCGAUUUAGUGUAUUUAAUACUAUCCCUUUCAAGGUAAACCCUUACCUAAUACUGUUCAUGAUGGCCCGCUGUAGAUCUGGAGAUCGCACACAUGAUCAAUAAAAAUAUACUCUCAAUGAGAGACUCCAGUCCCAAUCUAAAUUAAUUAUUAUCCCAUUUUGGUAAAAAACUCCUUUUUUCAGUAUAGAUUUUAAUUCAGGUUAUUGGUAGGUGCCCUUACAUAAAGAAGUCUGUAAGUAUACUGCUUACCUCUACAACUGUAGGACAUAUCAAUUUCAAGUAGUACCUUUCAGUUUAAAUAUAUCCAAUACUGCUUUCUAGCAAGCCCUCGUCAAAACUUCCCUAGUCACGCCUGCUUCCCCAUGGACAACUUGAUAUCCUAUGAUUGUCCAUAUGAUGUUCAUAUUUAUGUUGGUGAUGUAUUAAUUUCCACCAUAUUGUUCCAUGUACACCUUAACCGCUUAGAUAUUCUAUUACAGUAAAUUUCUUACUCCAACACGACCCUUAAGUUAAUAAAUGUAAUUUCUUUAAAGAUACCAUCAAGAUGGUAGAUCAUAUUAUUUUUAGAUCAUAUUAUCACACCCUCUGGUAUAUAGAUGGACCCCAAAAAUUUACAAAUUGUAUAUAAAUUCCCUCUCUCAAGAAACAUAAAGGCACUACAAUCAUUUAUUGUUUUUUGUAAUUUCUACAGAAAAUUUUCUGAUCAUACUUCCCUUAUGAGACCUCUCAUAGACUUGAUUAAAAAAGAUUCCUCUUGGAAAUUUGGUUCCCUAGGGCUGGCCCAUUUUAAUAAAGUUAAGAAAGCAUUUAACGACAUAUUUUUGUCACAUCCCAUAUUCAAUGACCCCCUGCCAUUUACAAACUGACACUAACAAAUUAGGACUAGGCACUGAAUUUUUCCAGUUAAGUUUGCACUGAUAUAAUGGCUCUGAGAACCGACUCCAUGAUAAAAUCGAAUGCCACUUGCAAAUGUAACAAUUAUUUUUUAGCUAUAAUUACAAACUUGAUUUAAGAUAUAAAUAGAAAAGAGGUAUAUAUAUAUAAUAAUAAAUUGGAUUGUAAAUAUUAGUUUUAUAAAAAACUGAUAACUCUUUUUUUUUAUAAAUAUAUUGUUAAAAAAAGGACCAUUAAGUAAAUAAACAAUAAAAAAUAUAACUUAAUGUGCUGAUUUGUAACUUAAUAUAUUAGUAAAUUUAUUAUAAAUAUGAUUCAACAGCAUGCUACAAAUUUGUAUCUAUUUUUAAUUUUAUCUGAACAGGGUUGUAAAGUGGAAUGUGUUGUACAAUAUAAAACCUUUAUUUUAUUUAAUAACAAAUGUGACAACAUUUUAGUAACUACUUAUAUUAAAAUAAAAUAAUAUUAAUAUUAAUUAUAAUUAUAAUGUGAACUAUUUCUGUGACUUAUGAAUUUCCAUAAUACUUUAAAUUCAGUAAAAACUACAUAUGUGAUUUAUUAAAUAUAAUGUAUAUUAAUAUGUAACUUUAACUAUUAUCUUUGGUCACAUAACAUUUCAAUAAUAUAUGAUGAUAAAAACAUAAAUAAAACUACUGAUGGUUUUGAGCUUUACUUUGAUUACAGUAAAAUGGUUAUUAAUUUGUGUUAUGCAAUAGUGACAAUGAUACUAAGAAAGAGUUAAUUCAAAUAAUAAUUUGAUAUAUAUUUUUUUUAUGUGGGUAUUUGUGGCUGAGACUUAGUAGAAUCAUCAAUUGUGUUAUUAAUAUUUAAUUUUUACUACGGAUAUAAAUAAAUUAUAACUAUAAGUCAUAUUGUACAUUUUAUAUGAAUAAUGUAUAAUCAUUUAGGUAAAAUAUGCUAGAGUAUCAAAACUCACAUAAUCCAAUAAAAUUUAGUUUAUUCAUAAAUCAGUACUCUCCUUAUUGAAUUCAGAUAUGUUCUAGUGCAUUUUAAACCAAACUGACUACAGAAUUUGAUUCAUCAACAAAAAUCAUAUAAAACUGUGUCAUAAACUUAUUGUCCUAUUUUUUGGAGCAUGUUAAUGUUAAUUUUGAUUUUAGCCUACCAAUACAAUGGAUUAAUUAUAUUAUAGUGAAAAUUGUUUUGUUUAUAAAAACAUAAUGAAUAUUAAAUAAAUAAAAUCAGAUUAAAUAUAAUAUUAAAUACUGUAAUAUUAUCAAUUGUUGUAUUUUUACACCGUAGAAGUAUAUUAAGUCUCUAAAAGACCCCAAGUAGUAACUAAAUGUGCACCCCUUCCACACUGUUCUGCAAAUAUUAAAAUAUAUAAUUUAAAUUUAAAUAUUAAAAAAAAAAAUUAAAACAAUUUUCAUACCAUAUUAAAUUUUUUUUAUAAAUUAUUUUAAUUAUAAUUUUAUAUAUAAUAAUAGAUUUGAUUUAAAAAAUGUCAAAUGUCAAAUUUCAUCCAAGAUAGGAGUUCAUAAAAAUUUAAAAUGUGAUUGUAUAGACAUUUUGUAAACCACAGCUACAUGUAUUAAUAUUAAGAAAAUUAAGUAAAUUAGUGAAUUAUUGAGUGAAAUUUAAUAUUUAAUAUUAUUUUUAACAUUAAAUUUAUAUUAUUUAUUAAUAAGUAAUAAUAAAUUGUAUAUAGUGAUAAAAACCAUUUAAAAAAAAAAUUGUGAUUUAAAAAAAGAACCUGAACACUAAUAUUAAUAUCAUAAAAGCUAUUACUCCUUAUAACUUAGGUUUUAUAUUAUAUAUUCCCUAUAUAUAGGGAACUAUGAUCACAGAAGAAAGACAAGUAAUUAACCAAUUCAAGGAACAUUUUGAAGACCUCCUGAACCGACCCUCAAUAGGGCAUGAUUUAAACCCAAGCGAGGACUGCCUAACAGCAGAAAUAGAUAUAGACACCCCUAAAUAA